AUGCCACCUGAUAUUCUGGAAAGCUACCUGUCUGAUCACUUGGACAGUCUUGCCUUUUAUCUUGUUUCUGAAGAAAAAAAAGUAAAGGUCUCUGCAGUAGAGGAAAAGCCCAAGAAAGAAGUAACAGCCAAGGUAUCAGAAGCCAAGGUGACAAAAGACAUAAAAGAAGCCAAAGUGGUGGAAGACAGUAAGGCUAAGCCUAAACCCAAAGAAGCAGAAAAGACUAAAGUAGAAGCCAAAGAUGAGUUGCCAGAUCAAUAUCAGUUCUGUCGCUAUGUGGUUGACAUGUAUGCUCACGGGGAUUUAUAUACAGCUGGUCGGUUGCCAAUAACCCCUGCAAUAACACCGGGAAAAGCAGCCCCACCUUCUUUGCCUCCCAAAAAAGAGAAAGAAGAACCAAAGAAAAAACUGCCAGAGAAAAAAGAAGUCUCAGUGGUAAAGAAAACAGCAACAGUAGAAGAAAAAGAGAAGGCAUUGCUAGAAAAGAAAGAUGCCGCACAAAUUAAAAAAGCAGAUAAACUGGAAGUUGCUGCUCCCAAGCAAGAACAACUGAAAGAAAAAAGAGAAGAGAAGAAAGAAGAAAAGGAAAAGGAACGCAAGACUAUUAAAGGAAAAAAACUGGAGAUACCCAAAGAACAUCCAAUUGUAGUAGCAAAGAAGAAAGGAAUUGUUAUCAAGCCCAAGAAAACAAAAGAAAAAACAGAGGAAAAAAAGCCAACCCCCAUUAAAGAAGCAAAGGUUUCCAAACUGAAGAGAAAAAAAGAAAAACCAAAGGAAGAAAAACCCUUACCAAAAGAAAAAGAAAUACCUAAGGUGGAACAAUUGCCACCAGUUAAACAAGAUCAAGAAGUACCUAAAGUAGAAGAGCAUGUGCCUAUAAAGGAAGGCACGUGUGGAACUAGUCGUAUUCUACCAGGAGUGAUUAUAAUUAUGUCUGAAGCUCUCACUGGCCACACAGAAGCUGGAAAACCAAUUUCUGUUGAAUCCAUAUUAAAAGAUGGAUUGUCAAAAGAACAAGAAGAACAAGUGUUUAGGGCCGCCAGACAAGAGCCAGAAAAAGAAGACAUGGUGGUCUUACCAAUCCCAACAGUUGCUGAACCUGUCAAAGAAGAACUAAAAGUAGCAGCUCCAGUUGUAACAGACACUGAAAAAGAAGAUGAAAAGCAGGUUACCCCCAUAACAGCAGAGCCUAGAAAAGAAGAAUAUCUUGUUGUGCAAGUUCCAAGAGAAGCAGAAAAAGAAGACAGAGUAUGUGCUGUGCCCAUCUUUCCAGAAAAAGAGAAGAAAAUUGCUGUACCAAUAUUACCAGAAAAAGUAGAAGAAAAAAUAGUUGUACCAGUAUUACCAGAAAAGGUAGAAGAAAAAAUAGUUGUACCAAUAUUACCAGAAAAAGUAGAAGAAAAAAUAGUUGUGCCAAUAUUACCAGAAAAAGUAGAAGAAAAAAUAGUUGUGCCAAUACUACCAGAAAAAGAAGAAGAGAAACUUGUUGUGCCGGUAUUACCAGUAGAAGAAGAGGAGAAAAUUAUUGUGCCGAUAUUACCAGUAAAAGAAGAGGAGAAAAUUGUUGUGCCGAUAUUACCAGUAAAAGAAGAGGAGAAAAAUGUUGUGCCGGUAUUACCAGUAAAAGAAGAGGAGAAAAUUGUUGUGCCGGUAUUACCAGCAAAAGAAAAGGAGAAAAUUGUUGUGCCAAUACUAACAGAACCUGAAAAGGAAAAAGAAGAGGUGAAAAUAACAGUGGCAUUACCAAGUGAGGCUGAAAAAGCAGAAGAACAAAUUAUUGUGCCAGUACCAGCAGAGAUUCCCAGGAAAAAAGAGGAACCCCCAGCAGAGAUUAAAGUACCUGAAAAGGAGGGACUAGAGCCUACAAUGCCACCACAAACAGAGGCUAUCAUACAAGAGCAAGAACCACCUGCUGUUGAAAUCAAAGAACAAGAAAAGGAACUUAUUCCAGAACAACCAGAGGAACCCCCAAAACAAGCUGUUGAAGAACCAGAAGUAACCCAAGCAGAGACAAGUGCUCUAUUCAGGAUAUUGGCUGCCCUGCAGGACUUUCAGGAAGGAAUUGCCCGACUAGGAGGGGACCUUAAUCUUUCUUUAUACCCACUAUACAACAUUACUGUAGAAACUCCAGUGACAGAACAUAAAGUGGAGCCUGCUGAAUCAAAAAAAGCUCCACCUAAGAAGCCCAAAAAAGAAAAAGCUGAACCAAGGAAAGAAGUACCAGAGAAAAAAAUCAAAAAGGAGCCCAAAGAGCCAGUAAAGCCAAAGAAAGAGGCACCUGCAAAACAACUUGAAACGCAACCAGCAGACAAAAAGAAAGAGUUAGCCAUGAAAAAAUCUGUAAAGGAGCCUGUAGAGGCAAGGAAAGAGAAGAAGCCUACAAAGGAACCUACAGAAAUCAAAAAAGAAGCUGCAGUAAAAAAGCCUGAAAAGGAGGAACCCCCAAAAAAGAAAGAGACACCAGAGGUAAAACCAAUGAAAGAGCAAAAAGACCAAAAGAAAGAAGCAGCAGUGAUAAAACAUGGAAAAGAAGUAGCAGAACCUAAGAAAGAUACAGUCAAGAAACCAGAAAAAGAAGUCUCUGAUCAAAAGACAGAAAUUCCAGUGAAAAAACACGACAAGCUGGUGUCUGAACCAAAAAAAGAGGCUAUAGUAGAGAAGAAACAAGAAAAAGAACAAACUGUUCUCAAGAAAGAGGUAUCAGUAGCAAAGCCUAAAGAGACAGCAGCACUAAAGAAAGAAGAACCCCAGAAGAAGCAUGAAAAAGUGGCAACUGAACCAAAGAAGGAAUCAAAAGAGAAAAGUGCAGAAAAAGAACCAACAGAGCCAAAGGAAGAGAGACCAGUGAAACCCCAUGAGAAGAUACCAGCUGAGCCAAAGAAAGAGACCCCAAUAAAAAUGCAUGAAAAGCCAACAGAACCAAAGAAAGAGGCAUUGAAGAAACUUGAAAAACCACAAGUUGAGACAAAAAAAGAGACUACAGUAAAAAAACAAGAAGAGCCAUCAAAGCCAAAAAAAGCAGAGCCCCCAGUUCAGAAAGAAGAAAAAGCAGCAGAGCAAAAGAAAGUAACCCCAGUGAAAAAGCCAGAGCUAGCAGAACCAAAGAAAGAGACCCAUGUAAAAGAACAUGAGCCAACAGAGGCAAAAAGAGAGAAACAAGAGCAAAAACAAGAAAGGGAGCCUAAAGAACCACAGAAAGAGACCCCAGUUAGAAAACAAGAAGCCACACAACCUAAAAAAGAGACUCCAGUUCAAGAGCAAGAGAAACCAGCAGAACCCAAGAAAGAAUCCAAAGUUAAAAAGCAGGAAAUAUCUGCAGAACUUAAAAAAGAGACUCCAACUAUAAAACCAGAAGUUCAAGCAAAGCCAAAGGAAGGGACCACAGUUAUAAGGCAAGAGAAACCAGCAGAACCUGUCAAAGACAAAAAAGAGAAAGAGAAGGAGGUCACAUUGCCAAAGAAAGAAACCCCAGUUAAAAAGCAAGACAAACAAGCAGAACCUAAGAAAGAGAAAAUAGAGGAAAGACCAGAAAAGGAAACCAAAGUGCCAAAGACAGAAAUCUCACAGAAAAAACAAGAUAAACCAGCAGAACCUAAAAAAGGUAAACUUGCGUCAUUUCCAACUGGCUGUGCAUGUCCUCGAGUGCAGACAGUGUGCAUUCUUGGACACACACCUGAUUUUGCAUGGUUGUCAUAUCCAGUUCAGUGA